GCAGCCGCAGCCGAAAGAAGUCUUUUUGGCAAGAUCGACAUUGAGGGCUCGGAAUGGGGUGCCUUCGCAGCCGCCCACGUCUCCACGCUGAAGAAGUUCCGGCAGUUGGUUGUGGAGUUCCACUCGUUGCAGGAGGUUCACAAGCACCCAGACUACUUGAAAGCCAUGCUGAAGUUGCAGCUCGCCGGCUUCCGUGUAGUGCACCUCCAUGGCAACAACAACGUACCAAUGUUCGACACGACGGACUACAAAAUUCCACAGGUGGUAGAGGUCACUUUCGACUCAUCAGCACAGCCGAUAGCAACUUGCCUCCAGGAUCAGCAGAUGCAUCCUCUUGACAUGCCCAACAUUGCCGGCACUGCAGAGCUUCCCCUGGCCCACCUCCCGAGCUUCUGA